UUGCGUUCUAUAGAAUAUCCCCAAGGUCACGCCACAUGUUUGUUUUCUCUCUGCCCAGUACGUGUCGCGUAUAAACCAUGCACACAGCAGGUUGGACAGGGCUGCUGUAUCUCCUCUGCACCGCGCGGUUCGCCGCCUGUGAGCUGAAGCAGCUGGACCAGUGCCACUACCUGGCGAGUUUUCCGGUGGACGGAAAUGUGACACUUCCCUGCAAUGCGCAACUCAUGCUGCAUUAUGUGCCCCAAGCCGAAGUGAGAUGGUAUAAAGACGAGAAAGAAGUCCUAACCGUUCCGGAGCGGGUGAGCUUGGAUCACCAUGGUAACCUGAACCUACAGGAGCUUCGGGCAGACGACAGCGGCGUGUACGCAUGUCAGGUGGGGUUUCCCGGGGGCGCGGAGGUCAUAUGGUCCGAGGUGGUGCUACGCGUCCGAGAGAAGUUCGUGCCGUUCGAGGCGUGGCUGGAGGUGAAAGGAUCGCUAGGGGGCGCUCGUAACGUGUGGAUGGCGUCUGCCGUGACCUGCGUCAUCAUCACCCUGCUAUGGGUCAUCGUCAUCCUCAUCAUGUGCAAGCGGAAAAUGGCAUAUGGUCAAUGAUUUACGCAUGUCCAAAGAGUCUGCCUCCAAGUCGACCUCGUCAGAAAGCAAUAUGGCGGCAUUGUAGAAACUAAAGGUGUCGUCUAACUCUUCUGCCGUUUAGAAAGUGUUUCAAUCGGACUUUUCGGAAAAUGAAAAUUUCGAGCAACUGAGACGGGUGAGAUGUUAUAAACUGGUAUGUUCACA